AUGUCCAUCCCCGCUCGACGAUUGAAGACUACUCCAUGUCUAUUUACCUUUUUUUCUGGUAGUAAAGCUAUGUGUCAGGUCCGGUUCACCUUCUGGGCACCUCGAGGUGUUCCGCCAGGAGCUUUGAGGGAGCGCACACAAGUCCGAAUUCGCGUAGGAUCAAAAAUAUCCUCCUCAAACUACCUUACGGACCCGCCACCUCCUUCAAAAGUAGCGGUCGGGCACACAAUAACGACAAGAAUCACUAGAUUUGGCUCUGCUGUGCUACCCACCUGUCGCAUUGCAAGUGUUGAAGUUGUCACUGACCACAAUAGCACGCGGGAGUCGGCUGCAUUCGCAAGCUUUCAAGUUUCCGAAGCAGGGACCAUUACUAGCACGCAGGAAGACACGACGACUAAAUUCAACUGUCGCUUGCAUUCCUCUAGUUUCCACCUGGAAAAUACAGCAUUGCCAAAAAUAACAUUUCCCAUGGACCUCCAUGAAUCUGACGACGGUUCUAUCUCAAUGGACACAAGCUCAGACUUGGCUUAUACAGAGGAAGAUGCUGUAGUGAAUGAAUUCGAUUCACUCGGUUUCAAACGGACAAAAGAAAUGGAAGAGGAAUAUAUCCGAAUCCAAAUCCGGACUCGAGAAAAGCUGUCUCCGGACGAUUACCAAAAACUCGCCUACCUUUCACGUGUACUCGGCUCCGAAAAGGUGACUCGCCUCGACCAAACUGAUGGACCGAGAGCAAGUCGCGCACAGCACCAGAUGGACGAAGAGCAACGCGAAAACAUGGAGAACUACACCAGCCGUGGCUACGAUAACUUGAGUGGAAACUUGACGGAGGAGCAGGAGGCAGAAGAUGCACAGCUGUGCAUGGAUACAGCUCUGUUGAUCUUUGGGCCCGCCGUGUUGGGUAGACAGGAUGAGUACGAGUACAGGUCCGGCUCCCACUUGGAUACAACGAACCAUUCUGAGGAGGAGGAAGAAGGAGAGGAAGGAGAAGAAGAAGAGGAAGAAGAGGAAGAAGAAGAGAUAGAAGAGGAAGAGGAAGAAGUAGACGAGAGUGUCAAGUUCGAUCUCACGCACCAAGAGGGCUAUGAGCUCAUUGACAACUUCUUUGAUGAUAGUCUUCCGCAACCAGCUGUUGGUGGUGCCGAGAACCCCAAUGGAAAUCCUGCAGACGGAAACCUAACAUCCAUUCCUUUGGGGAUAAGCGUUACUAGUUCUGAAUACGACAUGACAGCAGAGUUAGAGAACCCCGAGGAUAAUAAGGUCUUGUCAAGCCAGCCAACGACUGCGGAGAGGGGUACCUUGACUCGUAGCAAGACUGCGAAGAAGGUGUUUGCAGCAGUUGAGCAACGUGCAUCUCGAAACCUCCGCAGCCCCUCGAAGACAACCCCUCGUCCGCCAAAGUCUGCAGAUUGGAGCUGGGGAGAUUCUCAACCGAAACUCGCACCAGCCCCCUCUCCUCGCAAUAAUUUCGACGACGGAUCCAUUCACUCUGCUGAAGUUAAAGAGCCGACAACCUCAGGAAAACUGACACGUCCGUCAUCUCAUAAAGCUCACCAGCGGAACAAAUCCAACCCCAGAAAUUCCCUCACUUCCGCCAAUCCUGUCCAUUCAUCUCGUCUCUCGUCUGCUCGAGCCGGAUCCCCUUCGUACAGCCAACCCGAAGCUCGCGACCAAGCAGUUCGGCAAGUAGGCAGCUUGUUCGGACUACCAUCGACGCGCAACACCUUCCAAGCACCCACUACGCCUAAGAAACAAAUUAUGCAGUCGUCCCAAGGCAAUUACUCUGGCGAUAGCGCGAACAACUCCGGCAAGUCAACGUCAUUGUCUGAGCAUACUCAAGAUUCAUCCGCCACCCCUAUCCGAAAGAGUCUCCUCCCACCUGCACCGGUAAGCCUCCCUCGACGUCCUCCGGGACCGCUCCCAUCGUUCUCCGCCGCCUCUCCCGUUCCCAAGCCAAACUUCGAACCAAAGUCUCCUGCUACACCAGGUGGCAACCUACGCGAGUUUGCGGUCAUUAAAUUCCCCACCUGGGUUGGUCGUGAAGAGGGUGUUAAGCUGUGGGAUGGCAUCGAGAAUUCUCAGCUGGAGAAGUUCAGAGACUGGCGUGCGGCCCAUCCUCGGUAUAAGGAAAUGCACGUCGUUCCCGACUUCGCCCCCGAGUCCACGACUCUUGAGUUGUGUGGUCCAGUCGGUUCGAACGUCCGUGGUGCACUGCACGAGCUCUUCAACAAGAAAUACGAUGCGAAGGCUAGGUUGGACGAACUUUGA